CUGUUUAAUAUUUUUCAUAAAUAAAUAGAAAUAAAACGAUCAUAAUAAAAAUGAAUCUUCUCCUACUAAUGAUGCUUGUGGAACUUUCUUUUCUAGAUAGUUUGUUUUUCUUUUUCUUUUGUUUCUUCUACAUAUAAGAAAAAAAAAAGUCACGUUCUCGUUGACCGUUAUUAUAGGUUAUUUCUAGGCCUUUAAAUUUGAUAAAGUCUGUUGACCCCGCGUUAUCCAUUUUCUCUCUCUUCUCAUUCAUUAUGGUAUGUCUGUCCCACCAACCGCACGCCGUGACGUUUCUGCUGUUUCCUCUUCCUCGAACAUUCAUCCUAUGAAACUUGCUUGCACCAUCCCAAUCAUAAUCUUCCUGAAAUUUCACACGCCUUCAAAAUUCUCAUAUAAAUACCAUAACACACAACCAAAUAUUUCAUAACCAACUCAAAAAUAUAUAAAUCCUGCAUAUAUACUAUCUUACACAUAAUUCCUAUACUAUAUACUAAUAAUCUAAUUUCUUUAAUUUGUUGGAGUAUAUAAUUACUUUGUAUAGUUCCAAAUAUAUUCAAAUUUUAGGUUUUUUGUUAACAUGAUGAGUCCUAACAUGGAAUUUGAGCGGGUUCUUAGUUAUUUUGAUGAGGAUGGUGACGGAAAGAUUUCGCCGAACGAGUUAAGGAGUAGAAUGAUGAAGAUUGGUGGAGAGUUUCAAUUAAAAGAAGCGGAAAUCGCUAUUGAGGCAUUGGAUUCUGAUGGUGAUGGAUUAUUGUGUUUGGAGGAUUUGAUAAGGCUUAUGAAAUCAGGAGGAGAGGAAGAGAAAUUGAAGGAUUUGAGAGAAGCUUUUGAAAUGUAUGUUAGUGAAGAGUGUGGGUUCAUAACACCAAAGAGUUUGAAGAGGAUGUUGAAAAAAUUAGGGGAUUCUAAGUCUAUUGAGGAAUGUAAAUUGAUGAUUGGUAAGUUUGAUUUGGAUGGGGAUGGUGUUCUUAGUUUUCAAGAAUUCAGAAUCAUGAUGGAGUGAUGAUGAUGAUGUGAGGGAGGGAUGAUAUAUAUAUGUUAUUCAUGUGACAUGUUUAUAGUGAGUUUCAUUCAUUCUUUUGUACACUAUUAUUGAAUAGUGAGUUUCAUUCAUUCUUUUGUACAUUAUUAUUGAAUUUAAUUUAUAGAUUGAUCAUUUUGUCCAAUA